CGGCUUGUGGGUUUUCGGUUCGCUCAGGUGUUUCCGUCGUUGCUCAGCGUGGAGACCGGCGGAAGAGAACCGGCCCUCGUUUGUUCCUGUGCUUUUCCCUUUCUGUGACGGCUGAAGAGAUUACGUACGGGGCUGGGAGCAACGGGAGGCUGCCGGUGUCUGUGUGUGUGUGACUCCCUCCUCUUCCGGCAAUGGACGUCGACCGGCUCCAGGAGGCUCUGAAAGAUUUUGAAAAAAGAGGGAAGAAGGAAGCUUCUUCUGAACUCGACCAAUUUCUCUGUCAUGUUGCAAAGACUGGAGAGACUGUGGUCCAGUGGCCACAAUUCAAAGAGUACUUCGUAUUUAAACUGGAGAAGGUAAUGGAUGAUUUCCGCUCUUCUGCUCCUGAUCAAAGAGGAUCUCCAAACCCAAAUGUGGAAUAUAUUCCUUUUGAUGAGAUGAAGCAGAGAAUACUAAAGAUUGUCACUGGUUUUAAUGGUACUCCUUUUACUAUUCAGCGGCUCUGCGAAUUACUGACAGACCCACGAAGGAAUUACACAGGCACAGACAAAUUUCUGAGAGGAGUAGAAAAGAAUGUGAUGGUUGUGAGCUGUGUAUACCCUUCUUCUGAGAAAAACAGUUCUACCAGUCUGAACCGCAUGAAUGGCGUUAUGUUUCCAAGUAACUCCCAGAGUUAUACAGACAGGUCAAAUGUUAAUGGUCCUGGAACCCCAAGACCAGUGAAUCGACCCAAAUUCUCCUUGUCAAGCCCAAUGACCACAAAUGGUUUGCCUGACAGUAUGGAAAAUAAUGAGUCGGACUUGCAGCAGAAAGAAAAGAGUCAGAGUGAUUCUGUGGCGUCGGAAGAUGAAUCCCAAGCAACUACUCCAAAAAACAAGCAUUCAGCUGAGGACUCGGCAGAGACUGAGGAACACGAAGUCAAGAGACUAAAGUUUGAUACAGAAGAGGAGGAGGCAGCGUGUGCUAAUCCAGACGCAUCGAGCGAGGUCUCCACUGAAAUGGCAGAGGAAGCGGAAUCUGCAUCUGCAAGUGCGGAUAAAGACAAAGAAAGCUGCCAGUCAGCCCAGGCUGCAGAUGAAGAGUCUUUAAUGACGCCUAGUGAAUCCACUGAGGCAGACAGCGGCGAGAGGGACAGCGAGACAGUCAGUGUGACUGAAGAGUCAUCAGAGGAGAGUCAUCAGAUGGAGGAAUCGGAACAGUCGGAAACAGCCUGUUCUCUGAACAGCGAAGAGCAGAACUCUGCCGCAGCAGCAGCGAGCACUGUGGGUACCGACACCAGCGAGGAGGAACAUCUGGGAACAUUUGGGGUCAAAUCCACUGAAACCCUUACAUUGUCUCCUAUGGAAAACAGUGAAGAGGCCACAGAUGCUCCAGAGGAACCUAUGGAUCAAGACUAACCGCUGCCGACACACCAGUAUUUUCCAGACAGUUCUGUUUUUACACUGUAUAAAACAAAUUUUAUGUAAAAAAACAAAAACAAAAAAAAGUUGGACCUUUUAGUUUUUCAAAAGGCAAUUAAACCACAAACUCCUCUGGAAUAAAAACCGAACGAGCUUUAUUUUUCCCUUUCUAAGACUGUGAAUCUGCGCCUUCAGGUUCUGCGCGCGCCGCUGAGUUCUCAGUUGGGUAAAAACAAUGGUUUCUGUAUAGAUUUCUUCUUUUUUUUUUUUUUUUUAUUAUUCUUGUUUAGAAAGUGUUUUUAAACUGGAAGGCUACUCAUUUCCACCGCAACUUUGGAGGUUUCCACAUUACGUUCUUAGAAAACGAGCUUUUUGUUGUCCUUUGUGUUCUUUCAGUUCAUUUCAUCUGUUCGUGGUAUCGGCGUUUAAACCGUUAUAUUUUUUUCAAGAAGCGUAAUAUUGGAAAUAUGGUUUUCUUUCCCUUUUCUGCUCAACGAUCAGUCAGCAAAGUUUUUUCCUUUUUUGCCUUUUUUUAGAAACAAAUCUACACAAGCCUCGCGGUGGGGGAACGGACGCUGCAAAAAUCCUAAUUUCCACACAUUCCAAGUGAUCGAACCGCCGUAUUUUGUGUACGUUUUUAGUUCUUUUGGAGGUGCCAGAGUGUUUUUUGUUUUGUUUUUUCCCAUUUUAUUUAUGAGAGAAUGCGCUUAUUAGGGGAAACUGCACUCGACGUGUUGGGGUUUUUUUUUUUUGUAUGAUUGACACUUGCAGAUCUGGGGAGGGGGGGGGGCAGCGGUGUUUGAAAGGUACUUUUUUGUUUUUUCUUUGAAAUUUUCAAGGCAUUUAGGUCCUUUCUGCCGUAUGCAAUGGCAGUGCUGUCGUUCUCGCCGGUAUCGGCAGUGCGUACGUUUCAGUUCUCGAGACCGCCGUCAUUUCUAUCACAUUUUUGAAGUGAACUGAAUAUUUUUGAACACCCUCCUGUGACAGCCAGCGAUGAGAGAUCUCUCCAACCAGCUCAAAGCACAAAUAGCCGCUCUUAACCCAUUUAUUCUGCCUUUAUUAUUUUUGUUUUUCUGACCUCCUCUGAAGUUGAUUUAGUCUGAAACUUUCUUUUUUUUUUUUUUUUGUUGCUGGCUGCCAAAUUUCUACCUGGUUUUUUCUUCAACUUAUAGCUUUUUUGAUAUUUAGAAUUUUUAAAUUUCUGUAAAGUAGAUUUUGUAGAAUGUAACAAGUGUUCACUGCCUUUGUGAAACGUUCUAUAAUUGUAUAAUUUCUGUGUGUAAACCGAAUGCUUGGGCUUUCAAUACAGUAUUCAUAUGAAGCAAUAAAUAUUAAUGUUAUUAAAAGUCCCGGAGUAAAUUUUUAUCAAAUAUAUGCACCUAAAAAAAAUGAAAAAAAAAUAAUAAAAAAUAAAAGUAAAGUACACAAA